UUCUAUGAAAAACUCCAAGAAGUUCUGAUGUAGAAGUACUGUGUUAGGGAUUUUUUUGGGUCUGUCGCCUUUUCAAAUUUGUCAAUAAAAAGUAAUUUGGUUUCUAUCACUGUUGAAUAAUUUCAAGUCCAUUAUCUAACAAGUAAUUUGCCUAUGCAUAAAUUAUCUGAGUUCUUGAAUGAGCUAUUUGGAACCAUAUCCCUCAUUUAUACAAUUCUUGAUCCAAACACCCCAAAAAUGUUAGUUCAAUAUUAGCGCAAAAUCAAUAUUUUUAGAUCACAGGAAAAUGCAGUUACCAUAUAAAAUUAAAAUUAAUGAUACAUUUGAAUGUUGGACAUUUCUCUUGCAACGUUUUUUCGUGUUAUAUUUGUCAUUCCGAAGAUAUUUCACUAUAUUGCCAGAGUGGUGAAAGAUUUGAUCAUGAGUAAUUAUUUUGCCUAUAAUUUAAGUAGGCUAACCGGCCAAGAAUAUGAUGAUCAGAAGUCAGAAUAAGAACAGCCGAAUUGGCACCGCCAGCGCAACAUAUGCACACCCACAUAGAAUAAUUGAGGGCAACCUCGUCAUCCAAAAGAGAAAAUUAGAAACUUCAAUGAUGUAAAAUUGUGAACUAAAAAAAAAAGUCGGGGAAUCUAGCUUUCCUUCCUUGUUCCUUCCUCCCACCAGCAGCAGACUUCCAGAUCCAAGCUUUUCCUUUUUAGAUUAGAUUACACCUCUCUGCGAGAGGAACACGGGCUUUUGUUUUGUUUGUUUGCACCCUCUGUUCACCUCAUUACCAGAAAGUUCUUAAUUUUUGUCUCCCGCCUGUUUGGGUUAUCCGAUUCCUUCAUCAUCAUCAUCAUCAUCAAUCAAAACCGCAGAAGUCAGAUCUUUUUCACUGGCUGACAGAAAGGAAAUUCCCAGAUACCUCAAAAGAAGCUGGCUCCCCAAACCCAUCAAUAUAAAUACUAAAUACCCUUUUCUUUGGAGAUCUGCUGUUGUCUGUUUCUUGUAAUCAAAGGUAAGGUUGGCCUAGUUUAUCUAACUUGAGUGUCUAUUUUGUUCAUGAUUCUGGGUUUUCUUUCAAGAUGGAAACUUUGUUUUCCUUGAUUUGUAUAGAUGAUCCUUACUCUGCUACUACAUGCACCUAAAGGGUUGUGUUUGGAUCCAAUUGAUUAUCUAAUCUUGGUCAUGAUCCGAUUUCAUUUACUUGCAGUUUCGAUUAGAUUGAAGUGGUAGAUAGGACUCUGUAUCAGACUGAUAUGUUAGGGGGUAACAGGAGUUGUCAGUUACUGUUUAAUCUGUUGCCAGUCUUAGAAGUAGUAAGUAGUAACACUCAACUCUCACUGUUAACCUUGUUUGGGAAGGAAAUUCUCUCCUUUAGUGGUAUUUUUGCUAACUUCUAGAUUUUAAUAGCUUUGUUGUAAUUGCUGUGAACCUCUGAUGUUAGAAGUAGAAUUGGAAGCAGGAUCACCGCUCUCAUGGGCUGUUGAAUCUGCUUUUUGAAAUCAACACAUGAAAGCGGUGUGCAUGAUUGAUAGCUUCCCUUCUUGCUUGCUUUCUUAGGUCUAUGAGUUCAGUUAGUCAAGAUUCAAGUGGUUCUAAAAGCUGAAGGAGCUGCGGAUGGUAACUGUAGAUGUUCCACUUUGUAGGAUUUCGCCUUAAUGGUUUGUAAAUGAUAUCCUUAAUUUACUGUUCGAUUGUUGUUUGAAUUGUCGUCUCACUUAAUACUGGAAACGGAUGAUUGUCUUUUUCUUUGCUCUGUGAAUAUUUAUACCUAUGAUCAUGUGUAGAGCUGAUCUAAUCGGAUGUUCUGGUUGCUAAUGUUAUGUUUGUGGUACAACGGGUAGACCUUGUUCUUCACCAGUUUGUGGUCUGAUCAGAGAAGUAAAUGGUCUGGUCCGGGAUAGAACGGAUAAAAAUUCAUAGGGAAAUUGAAGACCAGAAUUUGAUUGAAAGCAUGCUUGGUCCGCUUUAGUUCAGUCCUAUCUUGAUUCGUUCCACUUUUUUUCUUUACUUUUAGAAAUAUCCACCAAAUCGAAACCAAAUUGAAUUUAUGCAAUCCGGUCUGUGUGAUCCUUAUCUCUUUACAUGCAGAUUAGAACUUGCUCAUUUACUUAUCUUCUCUGAAUGCAGGGCCAUUUGUUCAUACAGUCACACUGAGCUUCACUGCAUUUGGAAAUGGACCAGCAAGGACACGGGCAGCCUCCAUCUAGCUCUGCCGGCCAAAUGUCUUAUGCUCCAAACCCAUACAACCCGAACCAAAUCCCGGUUUCUCAAACCACUGGCCAAUUAGCUACUUCCACAGCUCAACCCUCAGGCUCUCAGCUCGCUCAACAUCAAAUGGCCUACCAGCAAAUCUACCACCAACAGCAGCUACAGCUCCAACAACAACUCCAGUCCUUCUGGUCGAACCAGUACCAAGAGAUCGAAAAAGUCACCGACUUCAAAAACCACAGCCUUCCCUUAGCAAGAAUUAAAAAAAUCAUGAAAGCCGAUGAGGACGUGAGGAUGAUCUCUGCCGAGGCUCCAGUAGUCUUCGCUAGAGCAUGCGAGAUGUUCAUACUCGAGCUCACCUUGCGAGCGUGGAACCACACAGAGGAGAACAAGAGAAGGACGCUACAGAAGAACGACAUAGCUGCAGCAAUCACGAGGACUGAUAUUUUCGAUUUCUUGGUCGAUAUUGUUCCUAGAGAGGAUUUGAAAGACGAGGUUCUUAGUUCAAUCCCCCGAGGGACAGUGCCUGUUGGUGGCCCUGGCGACGGGAUGCCUUACUGGGCACAACAUCAAGUUGGUGCUCCCGGGAUGAUUAUGGGGAAGCCGAUGAUGGAUCCUUCAGCGAUGUAUGCUCAGCAAGGGAUUCCAUAUAUGGGGCAGCCCAUGUGGCCACAGCAGCAGCAGCAAGGGUUCGACCAGCAGCACCAGCAUGAAUCGUCUUCUGAUCAGCAGUAACUAUGCAUGCCAUGGAAGCUAAUAAGUGUAAGUUUCUUAAUUUGACCAACCAAUAUGAUUGUCUGUAUAGAGGCUGCCAUGCCAUGGAUCAUCCGAAUCGAAUCUCAUUGUGUUCUUUCUCCUGUCAUGUUUCAGCAUCAAUUGCUAAUCGUUGUGUAUUAUAGCAAUGUUAUGAUAGAAGAGCGGUGUAGCAAGGAACCAGUAGGAGCAGGUGAGAACAAAUCUUCAAGAGAAGUCUGGUGAAUGAUCGUCGUUUCUGGAAGAAGAAGAACAAACAGUAGUGGGAUGUUUAGUUGCAGGUGUGUAACAGUGUAAAUAUAGUAUUGCUAGUACUUGGAGGAAUAUCUCUUAGUAGUCGCCUGAACCAGCUAUGUCCUGCACUCCUGCUUCACUCGACUUGGUUGCUUUAGUUUCUUGCUUCUUUCGAAUCAUGUGUAAUACAACUACUAUAUGUCCUCUACAACUUGCCUAUCAGAUUUCAUGUUAGUUGUUGAACCACCUCUGACAGUCAUGCGGCCUGCCCAACUCAUUUUCCAGAUACUUGUUGCUGGCCAUUUUCAAUACCAAAUUUAGGAUCACUGCUUAAUUUUCCUAUUCUCUCCUAUUUGGCCCCUGCUGCUGAAGCAUGAACAGUCUCUUACGGACCUUGGACAUGUUCCAGCUGUGAAGCAAGCAGAGGCGCUUCAGUCUCAUGAAAAAUGCAAGAAUUUUGGUAAACCCUUAUGGGAAAUGAACUCAUUAAGCAGCU